CUUCCGUAAUGUCGGAGCUUUCUUUUCUCACCGGCACACUGUUGCUCUUUGGAUCUUCCUUUUAGUGCUGGAUCUGUGUCAUUCAUCGGUUGCAUCCAUGGGUGGUGGCCCAUUUGGUUCCCAAGAAUUCCAGCGGCAGCUUCCGUGACGCCACAAAACAGCGGACGCCUUCCCGGAAUUGAAUGGCGGAUGGGAAGGGGAGGAGAUGAACCCUACCAUCGAGACCAAGUCUCCGCCGCCGGGUUCCGUGUUAUUCCUGAUCCUUUCACCCUCUUCCUGUUCGCUCUCCCGAUUCCCGGAACGGCCAUUUGUUUUUUGGGUUUCGCCUUUUCUUGGGCUCCGGAAGCAUCAGAAACCCUAGCGUUUGGUCGAAAUUUCUUGUCGAUUCUUCUUGUUGGCUUCGAAGUUCGCAUCUUUUUUAUUCCCUUUGUUGCCGGUGUUGGUAAAAAUCGUGCCUUGGGGGUCUCUUUUUCCUGAUGGGUUUAUCGCCGCCACCGACGUAUGUUCUUCAACCGUAGGAGAGCCGCCUCCAGCUCCGGACGCGGCACGAUGGACUCCAGCAAGCAGCAGCAGGUGACGGGACGGCGUCCGCAGCUGGUGCGGCGCAACGCGGUCAAGUACGUCGAGUAUGAGGUCGCGGGUUCCUCUUCGACCUCUUUCUCUUCUGCCGCGACCGAAGAAAACCCCGACCUCCGCGCCGCACGACCUCUGGACCUCUUCUCGUCCGCGUAUGCCCAACAGACGAGCUUCCGGAUCGACGGAAGCAUUGAAGGCGAGGUAGACAUCCUCUGCCGCAGUCUCGGCCUCAACAGCCCCGAGGAUUUCGCUAUUUCUGAGGACGAGUGGGAGAGGCACAAGGCGCGGUUAUCCUCCGACGUCCUUUCCAGGUCCAGGCUUCUCCAGCUGGACAGCCCAACCCAUAAAGAUCCCGCCUUUGCGUCUGAAGAUCCAAUCUUGGUGUCUGAUCGGACUCCUUUGGAACCCAUUUCAGCAUCCGCAGAAGUGAUUGUAAGCCAGAUCGGUCCUGAAGAGGAAUGUGGGCAGCUCACUGAUGAUUCAAAGGUCGAAACUGGGGUUGUUGGUGGCCAAUCCUGUGUGUCUCCGAGUUCUGGGGGAGGAGGUGGAAUUCGAGGAGUCCGGCCUCCAGUUCUUUCCCCUCCACCGCCAAUGACAAAAUUUUCAUCUCCUUCUUUGAGACAUGAGCCUUACAGUUCAUCAUCAACUCUUCAACCAGCUCCAUUGAUUUCCCUUGCAGUCACAGAUGCAGCAAAUUUGACUUCAGAUAUUGUCAGAACUGUUGCCCCAGAGGAAAGUGAUCUUGAGGCACGUGGGAAGAAAUCAGUGGAUUCUGAGGAGAACAAGGGGAAGGGGGAGAUUCUCGUGGGCGAUGAAGUCAGUGAGGAGGAGUUGAGGGAACUGUGGUUGCAGGAUACCCCCGAGGACUUCACAGGGACAUCUUCUUACUCGACGAUGAACGACGAUGAGUCAUGCAGUACGACUACUGAGACAACAUUCACCAUCUCACCAAAUGGUUGGUUAAAGCGGAAGAUAAAAUCAUGGAUGCGUGGCAUGCUCCUGGGUAGCGGUUCCUAUGGAAUGGUGUAUGAAGGGAUAAGCGAUGAGGGUAUAUUUUUUGCUGUCAAAGAAGUAUCUUUGCUUGACCAAGGAAGCAAUGCUGAACAAUGUAUUAUUCAACUUGAGCAGGAGAUCGCACUUCUAAGUCAGUUUGAACAUGAAAACAUAGUUCAAUAUUACGGAACAGACAAGGAGGAUUCAAAAUUAUACAUCUUCCUUGAACUUGUUACACAAGGUUCGCUUUCAUCUCUGUAUCAAAAGUAUCGACUGCAAGAUUCUCAAGUUUCAGCAUAUACUAGGCAGAUCCUAAAUGGCCUAAACUACCUUCAUGAGCGAAAUAUUGUGCACAGAGAUAUCAAAUGUGCAAAUAUAUUGGUUCAUGCAGACGGCUCUGUAAAACUUGCAGAUUUUGGAUUGGCAAAGGAGAUGACCAAGGUCACCUUGCUGAAAUCUUGCAAAGGCAGUGUCUAUUGGAUGGCUCCAGAGGUUAUUAAUCCCAGAAGAUCAUAUGGACCCGCUGCAGAUAUAUGGAGCCUUGGGUGCACAGUUCUGGAGAUGUUGACUCGUCAGAUACCUUAUCCAAAUCUAGAGUGGACACAAGCUUUAUAUAGGAUUGGCCAUGGAGAACAGCCUUCAAUUCCAAGCUACUUGUCUAAAGAUGCACGUGAUUUCAUUAGCCAGUGUGUGAAAGUGAAUCCAGAUGAUCGUCCCACUGCUUCUCAACUAUUAGAGCAUCCAUUUGUCAGGAGAUCAAUGGGAACUUCUUGAUGAUCUAAUUCGUCUCUGUUAAUAAUGAGAGAUUAGUUGGCUAAAAAAUAAUGGCAUUUCAAAAACAUUAAGAUUUUUUGGUGACGCGCUGCAAAUAUGCUGAGAAAGUUUUUUUUCAUGUUGCCAGUGUCUCAUAAGAAUCUUUGGUACUCGAACACCUUCAUUUGUGACUUGACCUUUCGAAAGCUGAUCGUAACCAAUCGUGGAGAAGUCCAUGUAUUCAGCUGCCACAAGUAAGAUGAUGAAUGUUCGAUGUGUGUGCAAUUAUCGAUCAAGAUGAAUGCAUGUGUAUGUUUCGAGUCCCGUUGUCCUCCAACAGUGUUGUUCAUUUCGUGUAAAUAUUGUAUUUGUUGUGCUGAUAAUAUAGGAUUGACAGAGUGCUGCAUUCUUUAGGUGUUGUUGGGAAUGUAUUGCCGUAAAGAAGAGUUGCUAGGAAGGUUCCAUGAUAUGGGGAGUACCAAAUACGAGUCUUUUUCAUUUCUUCUCCUCUUUCUUGGCCGAUUUGGUGAAGUGUUGUCUUCAUAUUUGAAGCUUGUACAAGUGGUGCAUGGUGUGCACAGUUUGUAUGCUUAACUGACAUAAUAUUCCUAUUUCAUUUCUGAUUCAUCAAAUACAUUGUCUUCCUCA